AUGACAUGGUCAAUCUAUAUUGUCGGUAUUCUACUAUUAAGUUCCCAAGAUGUUCAAGGUCGAUUGUAUUUGUAUUACAUGGAUCAAACAAUUAAUAAUGAAACAGAAAAAGUAUAUAACGAAGAAACAAAGGGAGAAGUAUUGACUACAUUCACAUUUGAAGAAUUAAGAAGACAACAAGUUACUACAUUUGAUUUACUUUCAUGGUCAGCAUUAAUUGAUCUUGUUGAAUUGUAUGAUGAAUAUCUUGAUGGACCAUCAAACGUUUCAUUGAGAUUUCAGAAGUUUUACAAUUGCUCUGUCCUAUGGUUUGGAAGAUUUUGUCAAUACACAUUUAAUAUAAGUCUACCACUGAACAUUAUUGUUAACAAAACGUUUACCGACAAACGUUUUACGAAUAAAUCAGAUAUAACAUGUUAUUUACAUUUGGAUUGUGAUCGAGGACCAGCACCUGCUUGUUUUGAUUGGCGAGAAAUUUGUGAUAGAAAAGUCGAUUGUUUAGGGAAUGAUGCAGAUGAAAAGAACUGUUUCGAACUCGAAAUAAAUGAAUGUAAAGAAAACGAAUAUCGGUGUCACAAUGGAAUGUGCAUACCAGAAGAAUUCUUAAACGAAGGUUACUACUAUUCAGAUUGCAUUGAUGGUACGGAUGAGAAUAUUUUAUAUGCACAGCGUCACGCAAAGUGUUCAAGGGACCCAGGGUUUUGGUGUGAAGAAAGCACUUAUAGAAAGAAUCCUCAAAAUUUUGUUUGUGGUGAUGGAGACGUUAGCGAUGAUUCAAUUCUUGAAGGUAGUCGGUAUUGCGACAAUAGACGAAAUGUUAUUAUUAAAAGCUCGUUAUUUUCAUACGUUAAACAUUCUGCACUAUCUUACAACUGCUGGUUUUUGCUACUCUGCACAAUGGCUGAUAAUCUCUAUCUUAAGGACGAUUUUAAUUACUAUAAUAUACCCAAAUGCACCACACUAUGUGACAAUGAUGGAGGUGAAGGUUGUAAUAUUAGAAUGGUAGAUGAAUGUCACACAGAAUUUGUUGUUUUCCCGCAGCGACCUAUUCUUCAUGGCCAUGUAUCCUUAGUAUACUUAACAAAUCAAACAAUAUUUUUUAAUUAUGGAGAGAUAAACAUAUUUCCCGACUAUGUUUGUUAUGAUGCGAGAAAAUGUCCUUUUCUUCCAUCUAAUUCAAUAUUGAGUAUAAAUGGUACAACUUGUCAAUCUACGCAAGAAUUAAAUCUUUAUACAUUUACUGAUAUUAUCAAUCUUUUCCAAUCUUGUCUCAUUGUAAUUGAAAACGAACAUGAAAUGAAUUAUAAUCGAUCAACACUCUUUCAAUGUCCAGGUACGACAAAGUAUAUUUCAACGCAUCGAGUCUUCGAUGGUGUUCCAGAUUGUUAUAAAGGUGCUGAUGAAAAAGAUGUUGACGCUUGUCAAUGGAAUCAUAAACAUCGUUUUAAAUGCUCAACAGAACAAAAAUGUAUUUCAUUCAUUUUAUUUCAAAAUGGUGUAAAAGAUUGUCGUAAUGGUGACGAUGAAAUUAUGAGUAUUUCUCAACAAAUAACAUUUCAAAAUUUGUGUAAUGGAUAUGUUCAUCUACAGCCUAUAACGAUCGACGAAUUUAUUGAAACAGAUGAAACACAUUGUGAUGAUUGGCCAUGCAAUAAUUUAUAUACUCGAUGUGAUGGAGCUUGGAAUUGUCCAAAUGGUAUUGAUGAACUUAAUUGUUCCCCAUCCACAUGUCCUCCCGAUACUCACGAAUGCAUCUCUCCUAUAACAAAAAAAGUCAUAUGUUUACCUUAUUAUCUAGCCGGAAAUGGAAUCAUAGAUUGUCUUGGAUCUACAGAUGAGAGAGAAUAUUGUCGACUGCAAAAACCGGAGCGUUUUCAAGUGAGAUUUAAAUGUUGGAAUGAUACUUUAUGUGUUCACAAUAUUCAUGUUUGUUUGGAACGUAUAUGUUUCAUGGAAGGGAAAAUAGACUGUUCAUCAGAUAUGGAAUAUGUUCUGAAACGUCUAGAUGAAGAUAGGAAACUUAAAUUUCCUCUAUAUAAAUAUUUUAUGCUCGAUCGUCUUAGAACAAAUCUUUCAUCAUUGAUGGUAACGAAAAACGAUUCGAUUCAAUUGAUUGUAGAUCAAGAAACGAUGGUAUCAAAUAAAAAGUUUACAAUUAAACGAACCGAAACAUGUCAUCGGGGUAUUUUGAUUUAUAUUGGAAUUUCGUUGAAAAUUCAUUGUCUUUGUCCUCCGAGUUAUUAUGGAAAUCGAUGUCAAUAUCAAAGUCAACGCGUUAGUUUGACGCUUCAAUUUAGUCGAAAAUGCACGCCAGUCUGUUAUGGAGUAUUUGGUAUUAUUAUUAGUCUUAUUGAUCAAGAUAAUGUCAUUCACGCAUAUGAACAGUUAACAUACGCAUCAACAUAUGAAUGUAACAAGAAAUAUUUCACUUAUUUACUCUAUCAAUCACGACCAAAAAAUCUAACAAAAAAAUAUAAGGUAAAAAUCGAUGCGUAUAACAAAAUCAAUUUAACUUAUUAUGCAAGCUGGAUUUUACCAGUUCAAUUUCUUUUUCUUCCUGUAAAUCGAAUAGCUGCAUAUUUUAUUAUUCCAGCUCAUCCAAUUAAUUCAUUGGAAAACUGUUCUGUUUUCUGUGGUUAUGGUCGAUGUUACGCAUAUGUCAAUAGUCCGAAUGAAUAUUUUUGUGUCUGUAAUUCUGGUUGGUCAGGCAUCAAUUGUACAAUUUCAGAUAAAUGUAAUUGUUCCGCAGAUUCGAAAUGUCUCGGCAAAAGUAAUAACCAAUCUAUGUGUCUUUGUCCAGUGGAAAAAUAUGGUUCACAUUGUCGUCUUCAAUCGAUUUGUCAAAAUCAAACUUGCAAAAAUGGUGGACAAUGCAUAUCAGAAAAUGAACGAGUAUCAAGAAAUAGUUUUAUAUGUCUAUGUCCAAUUGGAUUUUCAGGUCCAACAUGUGAAACAAUACAAACAAAAGUUCAUAUAUCAUUUAUUGAUAUAGAAAUUCCUCGUUCUUUGUUUGUUCAUUUUAUUACUGUGCAAACAGAACAUGAUCCAAUACGUACAACAAUUAAUGUCAAAAUUCCAUUCGAUCAAAAUCAAGCCAUAGUUCAAAUAUCAAUAUCUUUUCAUAUUAUUAUUGUUCAAAUUUCCAAAGAAUACUUUUUGACAUAUGUCAGUGCAAACAAUACUUCUUCAUCAGUUAGUAUAGUUCAGACGAAGAUGGAACAACGAUGUUUAAAUGUUCUACAAUUAUUUCAUAAUGAAACAGUUGCAAAAUAUUCAUUAUUACGUCGUGUUAAAUAUUAUCAUUUACUCUGUAGAGACAAACAGCAAUUAAAAUGUUUUUAUGAUGAAGAAGCAUUCAUGUGUCUAUGCAAUGAAGAAGGAUAUGCAAAUUGUUUUUCAUUUGAUUUCAAUGUAAAAUACACCUGUAAAAGAUAUGGAGAUUGUCAAAAUAAUGCGCAAUGUUUUUCAGAUCGUCCAAAUUGUCCACUUUCGACGUUCUGUGUUUGUGAAGAUUGUUUUUAUGGGAGUAAAUGUCAAUUUACCACAAAAGGAUUUGAUUUUUCUCUCGAUGCUAUUCUUGGCUAUCAGAUUCGACCACACUUGUCGGUAAACCAUCAGCCAACUAUUGUAAAAAUUACUAUUGUUUUAACUACUAUUAUGGUAGUUAUUGGUUUUGUCAAUAGUAUUCUAUCCAUAAUAACAUUUCAAAGAAAAAUCAAAGAUGAAUCAGGUUGUAGACAUUAUCUUUUAGCUACAUCAAUCGUUUCAUUAUUUUCAACAUUUAUAUUUUCAAUUAAAUUCUUCAUGCUAAUUCUUUCACAAAUGUCAAUUAUUACAAACAUCACUAUCCUGCGUAUUUCAUGUAUUUUAAUUGAUUUCCUACUUCGAUUGAUACCAACUAUUAUAGAUUGGUUGAAUGCAAGUAUCGGCAUUGACAGAGCACUUGCGCUAGUAAUGAGUAUCAAAUAUGAUAAGAAUAAAAGUAGACGAGCAGUUAAAUGGACUAUUAUUAGUAUUUUAAUAUUUACCACGACCAGUAUUUUACAUGAUCCAAUAAAUCGACAACUUAUUGAGGAUGAAGAAGAAAAUCGAAGAUGGUGUUUAAUUCAAUAUUCACCUCCACUUCAGAUAUAUAAUUCAGCAAUAAAUAUAUUUCAUUUUUUAGUUCCCUUUAUAAUAAAUCUUGUCACUGCUAUUACCAUAAUAUUUGUUGCUGCUCGAAGUCGUGCUACAGCUCAUCAACAACAAACUUAUCAACAACAUUUAAACGAACAAUUUCAUCGACAUAAUCAUCUAAUUGUUAGUGCUAUGCUUUUAGUUGUACUUGCUACACCUCGUUUAAUCAUCUCAUUCAUAUCUGGUUGUAUGAAAUCGGUACGAUAUCCUGCCCUUUAUUUAUUUGGAUAUUUUAUAUCAUAUAUUCCACCAUCUCUUACAUUCAUCGUAUUUGUUGUACCUUCCAAAUCAUAUAAAACUGAAUUCUAUGCUGCUACGAAACGAUUUCGAACUGUUAUUCUUGGAAGACAAUGGAAUGUUACCUAA